CACUUCCCUUCCUCUCUUCCCCUCACCUUCUCGCCCUUAUUGAUCAUGUUUGAGACAUAGUACCAUGCUGGUCCUGCAGAAUCAUGGACUUUUGGUCUCGUAUUAUCGGGGGCUCCCGCUCACUCUCUACCAAGAGCUUUCGGGCCACCACUCCUACGGAGCGAUUGACCUCGUUUAAGCGGACGUGCAACACUCUGCAGCAAAUAUGGCGCUCCAGCAAUUCCCCCAACGGCGAACAGUCGGCGACAGCCACCGCGCGCAACUGCAUUGAUCGACUGAUUUCCGUCCUGAGCGACGAAUCCCGCGGCCCGGCCCCUCAUCCAUGCCUUGCAUACGCUUCCUCUUCGCAGAUUUUCGUUACUGUCACCAAACUCGCCCUAUCCUCCUACGACGAUGGCAUGCUCCGCUCCGCGACCGUGUUCUUCAACACGCUAAUCGAUUCCGAGGUUGACGGUGUGGUCGACAACCGCCUCUUUGCUCGGGCGUUGGUGGAUCUUGUACGCCGUGCGGACAAGCACUCGGAAGAUGUGGAAGGAAGACUCGUCGAGCUGCUGUUCGGCGUGGCCAACAACAUCCGUCUGCAGCCCAAUAUCCUUCCGGCGUGGUUCGCUCCCCGGUCCGAUGAGCAGGAACGGGAACAGCAGGGCACCAAUGGGGCGGAAUUUGCAGGCGCCAUGAGGAAAGAUGAUUUUCCGCUUUUUUACCUGCUGGUGGAAUAUGUGCACCAUGCCGGUCGGGCGGGCGACUUCGCUCGUACCGGUCUGCUGUAUCUGAUCGAGACUGCUUCGAGGUCCAAGCGUCUCGAGCGGUGGCUAAUUGAGAGCGAUCUCGCGACAUUGAUGGCAACGGGGUUGGGUGCGCUAUACAGUCAACUGGGAAGCUUAACAUUUCCCGAGAACACGGACGAGAACAUUCCCCAUAUUGUCGCCCUCUCGGACCAUGCCAACCAAGAAACUGCUCUUCCUCCCCUGCUCGGACCAUCUAUGGACUCUUUUAUGUCGUAUCUGCUGUUUUGGCAGGACACCAUCGACCACUGCAAAUCCGCGGAAGUGAAUGGGACAUUGUUGGAUCAUUUCCAGGUAUUAUUCUUGGAACAGUUACUAUACCCAUCGUUACUCGAAUCGUCCGAUGUUGAGGGAGGUUCGACGGCCGCGGUUAUGACCUAUCUCUAUCGGAUUCUGGAGUCGGUCAAUCAGGAAGACCUGGUUCAUCGGAUUCUCCAUUUUCUUCUUGCCUCGCCCUCAGAUUCGGAACCCGUCACAAUUGACAUGUCUGUUAGUCGGCGAAAGUCCCUUGAUGUACUGGCUGCUUUCUCUGAAGAAGCUGCAAGGCCUUCGCCAUCGUUGUUCAAUCUGCGAGACCUGACUUUGCUCGGAUUGCAGUCGGCUAAUCGUCAGACCACUCUGGCGACACUGCGACUCAUGACUGUCGUGCUACAAAGACAUCACUCUUUUGCACGGUCCUUGAUUCGAACUGUCCCGGGUCAAAUCGCCAAGCAACGUACCGUCGGCGCUCUGGACGUCGAGUUACAGCAGCUGCUCGGUAUGGCCACAUCGAUUGUCGAUGACCCAACACUGAACGACUCUUACGACAACUACCUUAAGGAUGGGCUAGCAAUCCUCGAAUCCCGUCUUUGUAUGGCCCUCUCGGAAGAUAAUCCUGAAGACCACCUUCCUCUUGAACUCCGACAAGAUGACCCUAUCGUACACGAGCUACUCCACCGGCUUCAGAAUUUUUUCACCAACAGUGUAGUGGUGAAUCUGGCCCUGACAGAGGUAUUGGGAAGUAUUGUUGCAUCACAUCUGAUUUCCCUCGACGGAUGGCUGCUGGUAGAUCCGGCGAAAUAUGUGUACCCUCCGACAGAAGAAACAGAAACUCCCAGUCUUCUCGAUCAAAUCAAACAUGCUUACGAAGAACCGACGUGGGAUCAAGCCGAUGCGCCGGCUCUCAAAUCGACACUACAGAAACUCGUGCAAAAGAUCCAGACCUGGCGCAAGGAAAUUCCCGACUUCGACAUCCUUAUCGCCGCGCGUCGCGACCUAUUACAUCAGGACGACGAGCCGGCCCCAACUCCCAACCGUUCAUACAGGGGUUCCCAACCGCCCACCCGGUCUUCCUCACAGCGCCCAACCCCACGUGCGGAGUCCGAGUACGGCUCACCAACGCCCCGAGGCAGGCCCUCCAGUCGACCCUUCGAGCGAGCCGUAGCCACGCCCUCCCCAGCCCGCAACAGUUCUCGGGACCUUUUCACGCAAGACCUUCCCUUCCGGCCCCUGCGAGAAACCUCCACCGCACGGAAAAAUGCGGCGGAAGAACUCCGGCGACGGCUUGAGCAGCCAUUUGCAGUAAACUCUUCGAGUGACGCUACCAAUGCGACCGAACAGAGAGCAGAUGAUAUUGGAAGUGACGCCACUCAGCCUGCGGACCCAACCCAAGGAGGAGUCGAUGGUCCGCCGGAAGAACGCACGGACACAGCGGUUCCUAACGAAGAGGAGGAUCAGCCGGUUGCGACUCUGGGCCAUGUCCUCACCAACGUGGUCUUGUUGUACGAGUUCCUUCUUGAAGUAUCCGCCGUCGUCCAGGCACGGGGGACGCUGUUUGAAGAGGCGGGUUACCCUGGUCUGGGCAUUGCUUCGUCGGCUGCGCCUCUAGAGAUGGAGUAUUUUGGGAUGAAUAAGCCGGGGGAAGUGGAAAUGUCUUCAUGAAUCUAGGCAGGUCCUCGAUCUAUGCACAUCUUUCCCAUUUUAGUCGGUAUGAAGGGGUUUAUGUAUAUCUAUCUAUGGAACGCCGCAUUGUAAUACCUCGCAUAGCGAGCCGUGCUGUAUCUUCCAUGCAUGUCUUUUUAUUAUCUUAUGAUGAUUAGAG